AUGAGGCCGUUCUGGAUUCAAACUGGAAAGAAGCAAUUAGCUGUCUAUAUGCGACCCCCUCUUGGACUGUACCUCCUGGAACCAGACCUUGUAUGCAAGUUAAAUAGAUCAUUGUAUGAAUUAAAGCAAGCCUCGAGACAAUGGAAUACCAAAUUGGCAGCUUCACUCACAACAGCAGGCUAUAGUCAAUCCAAGCAUGAUUAUAGCAUGUUCACUAAGCUCUCUACCACUAGUUUCACUGUUAUCCUAGUUUAUGUUGAUGACCUCGUCCUUUCUGGUGAUGACUUAGGCGAAAUCAAUAGGAUCAAGCACUACCUGCAUGAUUUGUACAAGAUUAAAGAUCUUGGAGAGUUAAAGUACUUCCUCGGCAUGAAAAUUGCAAGAAGCAGAAAGGGGAUUGCAGUGUGUCAACGCAAGCACUGCCUAGAUCUUCUUCAAGACUAUGGAAUGUUGGAUGCCAAACCGGCCUCUACUCCCAUGGAUUACACCACUCACCUGUCAAAGAAAUUUGGAACGUUGCUGGCUUCUAAUUCAGAGUAUCGUAGAAUUAUUGGUAGGCUCUUGUAUCUCACAAACACCAAAUCAGAAAUUGCCUAUGCAGUUAGUAAACUGAGUCAAUUUCUUGACUGUGCCACAGACAAAAAUUUUGAGGCAGCCUUGAGGGUCCUCAAGUAUCUCAAGGGAGCACUAGCCAAAGGACUGUUCUUCUCCGCCACAACAGAUUUCACUCCAUCUGGCUUCUCAGACAGCGAUUGGGCUACCUGUUCAGAUUCUAGGAGAUCAGUCACUGGCCAUUGUUUUUUCUUAGGGACAUCAAUUAUAUCAUGGAAGAGCAAAAAACAGGACACGGUUGCAGCAUCCUCGUGUGAAGCCGAAUACAGAGCUCUUGCAUCAGCCACAAAGGAUGCUCAGUGGCUAGCUUACAUGAUGAAGGAACUUCAAAUAGAGCAGCAGAAGCUGAUAGUCAUUUACUGUGACAGUCAAUCUGCACUGCACAUAGCAGUCAAUCCAGUGUAUCAUGAACGAACCAAGCAUAUAGAAGUUGAUUGCCACAUUGCGAGAGAUAAGUGGCAAGAGGGGGUCACUAAAUUAUUGCCAAUUGCCAGCAGUGAACAAACAGCAGACAUCCUGACCAAAGCAUUAGCACCAAGCAUGUUCAAGUCAUGUGAAAGCAAACUCGGACUAAUGGAUAUCCAUAGUCCAAGUUUGAGAGGGGGUGUUACUUGA